CUUGCGUAUCCAGAAGUGAAGAAAAGUCCCGUUUCCGGUUGUUAAUGUUUUCGUAGACACACAUUUCUUUCAAGUUUAGCAAAGUACAUAACGAUGCCCCUUGGAAACAGUUGGCUGUUUCCAAGAAACCCCAAUUUUACUUGGAAUAUUUCCAGCAGAUUUACAGUCGCGAUGGUUGGCACUUUCAGCAAAUUCUGGUUGGAAUGGUUAAAUACACUCAAGGUGCACAACAGGUCACAGUUGUAUGAUGCGAUAGAGAAGCGUCCAAAGGACCAAGGCCUAGUUACAGUUACUAACCACCACAGCUGUCUGGAUGACCCUAUUCUUUGGGGAAUGCUGAAAAUUCGGUAUGUGAUGGACCAAAAUUCAUUGCGCUGGACAUUAGCAGCUGAAGAUGUGUGCUUCACUAAAUACUGGCAUGCAUUGUUCUUCUGUCUGGGAAAGACUGUACCAGUAGUUAGGGGCGCUGGGGUGUAUCAGCGCAGUGUCGACUACAUGCUGGAAAAGUUGCGUCUUGGAGAGUGGGUGCACAUGUUCCCUGAAGGUAAAGUUAAUGAAACCCAUCAACAUAUGAGACUGAAGUGGGGUGUUGGACGUCUCAUCAGCGAGAGUAACAUCACACCAAUAGUCCUACCCAUGUUCCAUUUUGGUAUGGAUGAUGUGCUGCCCAACAAGAAACCCUAUAUUCCACUCAUCAAGAAGAAAGUCACAGUUCUUAUUGGUAAACCCAUUGACUUUCAAGAAGAGUUGGACAGACUCCGUGAACUAAGAAAAACGCCUCGAGAGAUACGCAAACGACUGACAGACGUAAUACAAGAAGAGCUGUCAGUGUUGAAGGAUAAGGCACAAGCACUUCAUGACCAGCAUAUACAACGAGAGAGAUAGACCAGUGUGUGGCUCAGUGUGUGUCUCAGUGUGUGUGUGUUUGAGAAAUGAAAAGUUACAUGAUCGCCUCA